CUUUUUGAAGUACCUUGAAAACGGGCUCAUGUUUUUUGGUACCUAGGUGGCCCAGAAGAACUUUUCAGGAAGCAAGCACCAAAUAGUUAAUAAAAUAGGCACAGCUAUGGAGGAGCCUCAGCUUCAUGGCUCUUGGGCUUCUCAGUGACCUACAAGAACCAAGAAACUCCAGCAGAUGAGACUGAAACUGCCUCUCUUGCUCAUUCUUCAGUGCCAGAUCACAUCAGGCUAUAAGAUACCUGAGGACUAUUUGUUUGCAGACUGCUGGAAGACAGAGAUGGAAUCACCUAUUGGACAUGGAACAAUUAAUAACACUAUGAACACCUGUCAGUCAAGAUAAAUGAAGAUGAAGGGCUGUGACUAUUAAAUUAAAAUCUUUGUAGGAGAGGAAUGGGAAAUGAUACAGAACAGCAAUGGCAUUGGAAGAAAAGCAUGUUGAUAUGGAYCUGAAGUGGAAUCCUGACAGAGUUUCUCAUCCAGACUCAUCUGCAGACCAGGAGACUGAUUUGAAUUGGCAAGACAGCCCAAAUCCCAGUCCGCUGAUUAAAGAUGAUGGAGAGCUGCUUAUUGGUGAACAUCUUUCCCCCAGGAAACUGAAAGUUUUGGCAGGAGUGGAUGAUCUGCAGCGAGUGAAGGCCCUAGAGAUGAAAGUAGACACCAGAGAGAUCAGCUUGGGGAACUUUGGUGUGCAUCUGCCUAAUCUGAGAGAAUUGAAGUUGAACAAUAGCUUGCUUGUGUCUGUGAGGGAUCUUGGAACCUCAUUGUCCCAUCUCUGCRUCCUGUGGAUGACUCGGUGUGGGCUCUCAGACUUAGAUGGGAUCUCUUCCUGCAGCUCUCUAAAAGAACUCUACAUUGCUUAUAACAAUAUCUCUGACCUGAGCCAACUGACCUGGCUGGAUCAUCUUGAGGUUUUGGACCUGGAGGGGAACAAUAUUGAGGACAUCAACCAGAUCCAUUACCUGCGCCUUUGUUGCAAGCUAAGCCACCUGACARUGGAGAGCAACCCUAUUUGCCUGAAACCAAAUGCAGAAUCUGCAGAGGAACCAGAUUAUAAUUACAGAGCAGAAGUAAAAAAACUCAUUCCCCACUUGAAGUAUUUGGACAGAAUACCAGCAAGCCAGACUACUCUCCUUUCUUCCAAGAAGAUGCAUGAGGAUUCUCUAAUCAUCAAGRAAUCCAUCAAGGAAGGUGGUUUAGCCAGAGACAUUUCAUGGUUAGAUCCAUAUCUUGCGGCAGUAGCAAAACAGUCUGGAUGCGUCCCCAAAUCCCCAACAACUCCCAGACCUGGAAAUGCACAGUGCUCUGCUAAUGUAGGGACUGAUAGCGAUGCCAGUAGCUCUCCUCUUCCAGAUCCUGCUGUUUUUCCUGAUAAACUGUUCACAGAAGAUGACUCCAGUGAUUUGACACACGGAGUCUGUCAAGUUAUAUGUGGGAACCCCACCAAGGCCCUUCGUGCAAGGAGGGAAAAGCUAGGUCCACCUACUGUGAGCCCUUUGAAGCCGUGUGGUCUGAGGACAGAAAACCCUUAUGGCUCUGGAGGAGGAAGAGAUCUGCAUCAGGAAAAGGUGUCUCCUGACGUGAGAGCAYGGACGGAGAAGCACAAGAGGUGCCCGCAAACAGGUCAACAAGAACAAACCAGCCAMAUAUUGAAAGUGAAUGAGAGUGAAGUCAGGAGCCUGACUGACAGCUCAGAAGAUGAGCCGAGGAAAGCCUGUGAUGAGGACCUCAUAGAAAGGAUUGCACUUGACCCUUCUUCCCACGCCAGUCUCCCUCUUUCUUCCUCAGGUUUGUCAAAGCCUCAGAAGGGUGCAGCGUUCUCCAACAUAAAACAUCUAAUUCCAUCCCCUCCAAAAUACCCUUCACCUGCCUCUGUAAUGGGUGUGGCAGCAGGACUCUGGAAAACAAGGAACCACAGAGGACUAAAAACCCUCAGCCAAGAGGAGGACAGGCAGGGUACACAGCAAUGCCAGUCGAGGGCUCAUCAUGGGAAUUCAGCCCAUGCUGUGGGCAAGGAGCCUGCUCUCCUGGGGCUGCACAGUACCCCGGCUGCCUCGGGAUCCCAAGGGCAGCACCGGCCUGUUGGCUGCACCAGCCAGAAAAAGCUUAUUGCAGGAUCAGCAGUUCUUGGGUCCUCGAGGAUCAGGCCCACCAUGGAUAAGAGCCCUUCUAGAGAGAUCAACCAAAAGCAACCAGCUGCCUCCUUAUCCACAAAAGCCUCACAGAGGUUUAGGCCAAUUAAUUCUGUCUGGCCCCUGACUGCCAGGUCCAUUCUGCAGUCAUUGCCAGGCAAAUCCUCUGCCACAAAAGCAUCUCAGAGCAGAAGUCCUCAGUCCUAGAAGAUACCCAUUUGCCAGCAUGUGUUGGAAGCAUUGCACAGUGCAGCCAUGAAUGCUAUCUUGUGGCUUCUUCUGCUAAACACAGGGCUAUGCAAACAAAUGACGUGAUUUGCCUCAAUUCAGGAUACAGCUGGUCCAGAAAUAUUUUAAGACCAACCUCUGAUCAACCAAGGAGCUAAUGAACCUCUUAUUACAGAAAAAUGUGGUUAUUUUUGCAACCUUCAUGUGCUAAAACAGAACAAAUCCUAUCAUACUUCCUCUCAUCUCCACCAGGCCCAGCUCUGUGAGUCAGACGGGGACACUGAACAGAGCAGGGCAUGGAGCCUGCUGUUUGUGGGGUGGGCUGGAGGUAGUGACCUCCCAGCAGCCAUGCAAUGUGUCCUUUGCAGUCCUGGAUGUUUCACAUGUGGAGGCCAAAACCAAAGGCUUGAGAGGAAGUGUUGACCAGGGCAGGUUCUAAGGGAGGGGUGUGUUGCCUGAGAGAGAGCCCAGGAAGGCUGGGUGGUUUCAGAGCUUAUGCCCUCACAGGAGCUUGCCCCAUUCACAGGCUUUGGAGGUUCUUGUAGGAUGCACUGCUGUGGGAGCAGUGCUGAACAAGUGUCUUAUCCCAAUAUGAACGUGUUUGUUUGCCCCAUAGUUACCUGGAAGAAUUUGUCUCGCUGCCUCUGAGUAGACAUUGCAUUCCAGAAUUUCUCUAGCAGAGCUGACCUCUGUCACCAGGUGUCAGAGCAUCCUCUGCAUGUGCCUUCCACCUCCAUCCCACUUCUAUCUUUUCCAGAUCAAAUWGACUUUCCAAUUUAUUAUAAUUGGAUAAUUUUACAUGAUGAUGCAGCAAAGCAGGAAGUAAGGGAAUAAUCUCUUGUUUUUUCAAUAGGGCAUUUGCUUUAUGUUCGGGUGAGAUUCAAAACAUCUGUUUUAGUGACUGCAGUCUGUGAGAUGCUCUUCCAAAUGACUGUGCCUUGCAACUUUAUUGAUGUUACAGUCUGAAACCAAGCAUCAUCACAUUUUUUCCAGUUUAAAGUACUAUGUUAGAUUAUAUUUUUUAAUCAGUUUAUAAAACAGUAAUUACGUGAUGAGGUAAUGGAUUGGUUUAUGUUUCCUUUCUGCUGGCCAUCUAAACUUAGAGAAGCAGAAUAACAGACAAAGCCCUAAAACCUCCUUUUAUCGUGGUGCUCCUACAAAACAGUCUGGAGCUUGAAGCAAGUUUGCCAGUUUUGGUGUGUUAUAGCAGAAAUCAUCUAUCAAAAAUCAUUAAAAACUAUAUAUUAUGGAUAAAGGCAGGAUUUCCUGUCAGAUGCCAUCCAGCAACCAUGCCUGUGUCCUUAAAUAGGCUCCCAAAUUUGACUUUUUGUCACUGCCACUGACCAUAACAUCACAAAAAAACCCAAACAAAACUGGCCUUAUAAAAGAAAGAAGACACUGACAGCAGUGACCCUUCUCUACAUCCAGGGUUGUUCCAGGGGGUGAUGGGUAGGACUGUCUUCUCCAGAUAUUUAGUCUCCUUCUCAAAGGCAUCUUUGAAGGGUGGAGGGGGAAAAAAGGAUCAGUGGGCAUGUAAACUGGGGCAGCUAGAUGGGUCUGGACAUGUGCACGUGCAGAGGAAAAGCUCUGGGUACAGAUCUGGAAAGUCACUCAAAAGCAUCUGUGGGCAUCUCUCACAGCAAACUCCACUUGUCUCUGUAUGUGCACAGAGCAAGAAGCUCCUCUGAGCUGGCAGAGAGGAUGUGGAGAAAUAGUGAGGAAAAACACCUCUGGCGCUACGUUUGGGAAAUCAGUGCCUGAGGGCUUCAUCAAAAUCGUUUAACUCAGGGUUUCCUGUUGUGCCAUCCCAUCAGGCACCCCAGUGAUAACUCUCAGGGGUGCAGCCCAUAUGUGACCAUCAGAACAGCCACCCUACUCCUCACUGAUCAGCUGUGCCC